AUGUCGUGUGCCUUGACGCUUUCCAGUCUGCCUUCUGAAUUGCAGCUCUGUAUUAUCGGACACCUCAGUACGCGAAGACUUCUACGUCAGGUAACGCGUCUGUCCAAACAUUGGCACACCCUUGUCUGUAAGCUUAUUCGACAACGCGCCCUACGCCUCUUGGGUCGUCCAGGCCUAGGUCUUGUUUUCGAGACCAGCACACCUUCACAUUUCGAUUCCAAGAGCUAUACACUAAUACCACAUCGCUCUGGACCAUUCGAUGAGUCAACGUGCGCCGUUUUCCCCCAACUCGCGUUUUCGUUUGCUUCAAGCGCUGCCACGUUUGAGUUCUCACUCGACGAAGACGAAUACUUUGGGUCGUUUCUCUGGAGUGUUUCAUUAUCCACGAGUCGUUCGAUCCAGUGCCGAGUCUCUCCCCCAGCUUCACCUAAGCUUCUGGCCUUCGAUCGAACGGUUCGCCAGAAUCACACUGUUCAAAACGGGCUGGAUCGACUGCGGCGAUGUGAGUUUCCUGCCGAGGGGGGAAAGGCGCGGAGCGAAGAGCGGGAACUUACAGGUGAUCAUGGAUCCGCGAUCUCAUUGAAGACUCAACUGCUGCCCGCCCUGCCCGGGGGUAACUUUAAGACCUUGAUGGAGAGUAUCCGUAUGGACGCAUCGAGUCUGUUGGUGGCUCAUGAGGAUACCCAGAGGAGCAACGAUCUGAUGGUUCUCUUUUGUCGAUGA